AUAAUAUAUGAGCAAGGAUAAUAAGGGUGAAAUCGACGUAGAUAAUAUCAUUGAAAGACUGUUGAGUGUGAGAGGAAGCAAACCAGGGAAAAAUGUAAACUUAACAGAGGCAGAAGUCAGGGGGCUGUGUAUAAAAGCGAGAGACAUUUUUAUUUCUCAACCAAUUUUAUUGGAACUUGAGGCUCCAUUAAAAAUAUGCGGUACGUUUAUGAUAGUAUGAGUUUGUAGGGGAUGUGCAUGGUUAAUAUUUCGAUUUGCUCAGAUUGUUUGAAUAUGGCGGAUACCCUCCUGAGAGUAAUUAUCUGUUCCUUGGUGAUUAUGUUGAUAGAGGUAAAUCAAAUGAUCUAUUUGAUAGGAAAAUAAUCCCUGGAAACGAUCUGCCUGCUUUUAGCAUACAAAAUAAAAUACCCUGAGAAUUUCUUUUUGUUGAGAGGCAAUCAUGAAUGUGCNCACAAUAUCAAUCAAAUAUAUAUUGUGCUACCGUUUUUGAUCACAUCAAUAAUGUGA